CUGGAUCUCUUACAGCACAGAAGGACUUUCCAUGGCAUUGGCAUCUUUACGAAAUCUCUAUACUCCAAAUAUAAAGGUCAGCCGACUGUUGAUUUUGGGAGGUGCCAAUAUUAAUUACCGGACAGAGGUUUUAAAUAAUGCUCCAAUUCUGUGUGUCCAGUCUCAUCUUGGUUACACAGAAAUGGUGGCCCUGCUUUUGGAGUUUGGGGCCAAUGUGGAUGCCUCUUCUGAAAGUGGUCUGACCCCUCUGGGAUAUGCAGCAGCAGCAGGGUUCCUGAGUAUCGUGGUGCUGCUGUGCAAGAAACGGGCCAAGGUGGAUCACUUGGAUAAGAAUGGGCAGUGUGCUUUGGUUCAUGCUGCACUCCGAGGUCAUCUGGAGGUUGUCAAGUUUCUGAUUCAAUGUGACUGGACAAUGGCUGGCCAGCAGCAAGGAGUGUUCAAAAAGAGCCAUGCCAUCCAACAGGCCCUCAUUGCUGCAGCCAGCAUGGGUUACACUGAGAUUGUCUCCUACCUACUUGAUCUUCCAGAAAAAGAUGAAGAGGAAGUAGAGCGAGCACAGAUCAACAGCUUCGACAGUCUGUGGGGAGAGACAGCCCUGACAGCUGCAGCUGGAAGGGGCAAACUGGAGGUGUGCCGUCUGCUCUUGGAGCAAGGGGCAGCAGUGGCCCAGCCAAACCGCCGAGGGGCAGUACCCCUAUUCAGCACUGUUCGCCAAGGCCACUGGCAGAUUGUUGAUCUUCUUCUCACCCAUGGAGCUGAUGUCAAUAUGGCAGACAAGCAGGGUCGUACUCCCCUGAUGAUGGCUGCUUCUGAAGGCCAUCUAGGAACUGUGGACUUUCUUCUUGCACAAGGUGCCUCCAUUGCUCUAAUGGACAAAGAAGGAUUAACAGCCCUCAGCUGGGCUUGUUUGAAGGGCCAUCUCUCAGUAGUACGUUCUCUAGUGGAUAAUGGAGCUGCCACAGAUCAUGCUGACAAGAAUGGCCGCACCCCUCUGGACCUGGCAGCUUUCUAUGGCGAUGCUGAAGUGGUCCAGUUCCUGGUGGAUCAUGGGGCCAUGAUUGAGCAUGUUGACUACAGUGGGAUGCGCCCUUUGGAUAGGGCAGUGGGGUGCCGGAACACUUCUGUUGUUGUCACUCUCCUGAAGAAAGGAGCCAAAAUAGGUUGUCAGACGUUACCGAGUCGCCCACGAGGUCCAGCCACAUGGGCGAUGGCCACCUCCAAACCAGACAUCAUGAUCAUCCUGUUGAGCAAGCUGAUGGAAGAGGGUGACAUGUUUUAUAAGAAAGGUAAAGUAAAGGAGGCUGCCCAGCGCUAUCAGUAUGCCCUGAAGAAAUUCCCUAGAGAAGGGUUUGGUGAGGACUUGAAAACCUUCCGGGAGCUAAAGGUGUCUCUCCUCCUCAACCUCUCUCGAUGUCGCAGGAAGAUGAACGAUUUUGGAAUGGCGGAGGAAUUUGCUACUAAGGCUCUGGAGCUGAAACCGAAAUCUUAUGAAGCUUACUAUGCAAGAGCAAGGGCAAAACGCAGCAGCAGACAGUUUGCAGCAGCCUUAGAGGACCUGAACGAGGCCAUCAAGCUAUGUCCAAACAACCGUGAGAUCCAGAGACUUCUGAUGAGAGUGGAGGAAGAAUGUAGACAGAUGCAGCAGCAGCAGCAGCAGCCACUACCACCACAGCAGCCUCAGCAGGAGUUGCCAGAAGAAACAGAGCCUGAACCACAGCCUGAAGAUAUAUACUCUGUCCAAGAUAUAUUUGAAGAGGAGUACCUUGAGCAGGAUGUUGAAAAUGUUUCCAUUGGCCUCCAGACAGAAGCUCGACCCAGUCAGGGGCUUCCAAUAAUCCAGAGCCCACCCUCCUCUCCAGCCCAUCGGGAUUCAGCCUACAUCUCUAGCUCACCUCUUGGCUCUCAUCAGGUUUUUGACUUCCGGUCCAAUAGUUCUGUAGGUUCUCCUACUAGACAGGGCUAUCAGUCCACCUCACCUGCUCUUUCUCCAACUCACCAAAACUCUCAUUACAGGCCUAGCCCACCACAUACUUCCCCAGCUCAUCAGGGUGGAUCUUACCGUUUCAGCCCCCCUCCUGUGGGAGGGCAGAGCAAAGAAUACCCGAGCCCUCCCCCUUCUCCUCUCCGGAGAGGCCCUCAGUAUAGGGCCAGCCCUCCAGCUGAGAGCAUGAGUGUCUAUAGAUCACAGUCUGGUUCACCUGUACGCUAUCAGCAAGAAACAAAUGUUAGUCAGCUUCCUGGCAGACCAAAAUCUCCAUUAUCCAAAAUGGCCCAGCGGCCCUACCAGAUGCCUCAACUUCCUGUGGCAGUUCCCCAGCAAGGGCUCAGGCUACAGCCUGCCAAGGCCCAGAUUGUAAGAAGUAACCAGCCCAGCUCAGCAGUUCAUUCAAGCACUGUCAUCCCCACAGGAGCCUAUGGCCAAGUAGCCCAUUCUAUGGCCAGUAAAUACCAGUCUUCACAAGGAGACAUAGGAGUAAGUCAGAGCCGGUUGGUUUAUCAAGGGUCAAUAGGGGGGAUUGUGGGGGAUGGGAGACCUGUACAGCAUGUCCAAGCCAGUCUGAGUGCAGGUGCCAUCUGUCAACAUGGAGGGUUGACCAAAGAAGACCUUCCACAGCGACCUUCCUCUGCGUAUCGAGGUGGCAUGAGAUAUAGCCAGACACCACAAAUUGGGCGUAGCCAGUCAGCAUCUUAUUACCCAGUCUGCCACUCAAAACUAGAUCUGGAGCGUUCCUCCAGCCAACUAGGUUCCCCUGAUGUGUCACAUUUAAUCAGAAGACCUAUCAGUGUCAACCCUAGUGAAAUCAAGCCCCACCCACCAACUCCCAGGCCACUGCUGCACUCCCAGAGCGUGGGCCUUCGCUUUUCUCCAUCUAGCAACAGCAUCUCUUCCACAUCCAACCUAACUCCUACCUUCCGGCCUUCUUCCUCAAUUCAGCAAAUGGAGAUCCCACUGAAACCGGCGUAUGAUAGGUCAUGUGAUGAGCUGUCACCAGUGUCUCCCACUCAGGGAGGUUACCCCAGUGAGCCCACCCGAUCCAGGACCACACCAUUCAUGGGGAUCAUAGACAAAACAGCACGGACUCAGCAAUACCCCCACCUUCACCAGCAGAAUCGGACCUGGGCAGUGUCGUCAGUGGAUACUGUUCUCAGUCCCACAUCUCCAGGCAACCUGCCUCAACCCGAGUCCUUCAGUCCACCAUCAUCUAUCAGCAACAUUGCCUUUUAUAACAAAACCAACAAUGCACAGAAUGGCCAUUUGCUGGAGGACGACUAUUACAGCCCCCAUGGGAUGCUGGCUAAUGGGUCCCGUGGAGACAUCUUGGAGAGAGUCAGCCAGGCCUCCUCCUAUCCUGAUGUGAAGGUGGCUCGGACCCUACCAGUGGCUCAGGCAUACCAGGACAACCUGUACAGGCAGUUGUCCCGGGACUCUCGACAAGGGCAGACAUCGCCUAUCAAACCAAAGAGACCAUUUGUGGAGUCUAAUGUUUAAAAGACAUUUGUUGGAGUGAGACCCAUAUGUUUUCACUGCACAUUUUCAGGCUUGGUUUCCACAUUUGAGGUAGUUCUCUGGCUUAAUUUCUCAUGUAGUUUCUGUGUGGUGUUCAGAGGUGGCAGCCCACAUGCUGAAAUCCUUUGCAUGCAGCCGACUGGGAAGCUGGCCUCCGGUGAGCCAGGACUUCAGUUUCUGUGGUCUGUGCCCCAGCCACAUGCUCUCUCCCUCUCUUCCGAUGCCAACAAGGAGAUUUUUGUGCUGUGUGCUUUAACCCAGGGAGAUCAGACACACUGGUCAGCUUUUUCCAGGAGACAAUCACUUUCAUUGAUGUUCUUGUUGUGUAAAUGUCUUUUUCCUUUUUUAAAAAAGUAAGAUAUUCUUGUUCAUUUUCUUCUAGGAACUUUAGAAAGAGUGUGAUGCCCCCUUGCCUUUUCAUUCUUAUCCAGUGUUAUCCAGACGGCCAGCUGCAAUGCAUUCCUGUGCCAUGGUCUCCUCCCCAUCAGCAGGUCUAGAAUGUUCAUUUGUAUUAUUGCUGGUCUUCCUGUGGGGUAAGAGGAUCUAGGAAUGGGGUAGGGAGGUGGUGAAAGAGAGAGAGAGAAGAAAUAAA